AUGUUCGUGAACGAGAUACGGGAGGAAAAGCAGAGUCUUCAGGAUGUGCGCAUGACCGAGCUUAGAGACCAGCGAGAGACUCAACCUCACGACGGCGAUCAUCAUGACCACAACGAUGACAGCGAUGAAGACGAUGACUCGGAGGACAACAGCGAUACCCACAAGCAUGAGAGCGAUGAAGACGAUGAUGACGAUGACGACGAUCACGACGACUCUGAAGACGACAGCGAUGGUCGAAAGCUUGCGAGGGACGACGACGACAGUGACGAUGAUGAUGAAUGA